GCGAUUUUCGACAAUUGUAUCAGUUACAAUUGAAGACUUGCAGUAUGAAAAUCUUCAUUGCCCUAGUUUUGGCCUUGGCCACAGUUUCUGCCGAGGAAAUCUACUCUCGCAAUAUCGUUGUACCUGUUGUUGGCGAUAGUGAGGGCCGCAUUACCAAUGGUAAUACUGCCACCGUUGGCCAAUUCCCCUAUCAGGUUGGUCUAUCCUUGCAAGUUACUCCCACUGCCGCUGCUUGGUGCGGUGGUUCCUUGAUCGGCAAGGAAUGGGUUUUGACUGCUGCUCACUGUACCGAUGGUAUUAUCGGAGCCACAGUCUACUUGGGUGCUACCGUCCGCACCUCUGCUGAAGUCACCUAUAAAGUUUCCAACAAGGACAUCAUUGUUCACUCUGCCUGGAGGCCCAGCAACUUGAGAAACGACAUUUCCUUGAUUAAAAUCCCCGCUGUCUCUUACUCUGCCAAGAUCCAACCCGUUAAAUUGCCCGCCAUCUCCAACUCCUAUUCUACCUAUGCUGGUGAUUAUGUCAUUGCCUCUGGCUGGGGCCGCAUUUCUGAUGCUGCCGUAAGUGUUACCAACAACUUGCAAUGGGCCCGUAUGCAAGUCAUCAAUAACAACGUUUGCGCCGCCUCUUAUGGAAGCUCCAUUGUUGUUUCAUCCACCCUUUGCGUCUCGACCCCUGGUGGUGUCUCCACUUGCAACGGUGACUCUGGCGGUCCAUUGGUUUUGGAAUCGACCAAAGUGCAAAUUGGCUUGACCUCUUUCGGUUCCUCUGCCGGCUGCGAAAAGGGAUUCCCUGCUGCCUUCACUCGCUUGACCAGCUACUUGGACUGGAUCAAAGUCAACACUGGUAUCUCAUAUUAAAUGAAUUUGUCCAUAUUAUAACAACGAUGAAUUAAAAGCGCCUUUUUUUAAAGGGCAAAGAAAAUUUUA